GAGACUGUCAAAAUUUAGAACAACAAAGCAAGUUUUAAAUACACGCAAAAAAUGUCCCUCAACCCUCGUUUGCUUCUCCUCUCUCAAUUACUUCUCCUCUCCAGUCGCAAAUUCUAUCAAUUAUCACAGUUUUCUCCUUCCACUAGUGUUUUGAGCUUUGUUUUUCCACCCCAAGAUCGGCUGAACAAACAGUUUAAACUUUUGGGUUGAGUGGUGGUUUGUUCAUUUUUAAGGAGGUUCAAGAAGAUGGAGUCUCAUGACCAGAUGGGAUGCGAAACUCAGGAAUGUCCCAUGCCUUGCAUAAACAACUGCGGCUUCUUUGGACGGGCAUCGACGAUGAACAUGUGUUCUAAAUGCUACAAGGAUGCGCUGCUCAAGCAAGAACAGGAAAGACUUGCAGCUUCAUCUAUUGAGAACAUUAUGAAUGGAAGUUCUAAUGGCAACAGGAAGGGUCUCGUUGUCGCAGAAUCGAUUGAUGUACAGGCUGGAGUAACCGAGACGAAGAUAGUUUCGAGAGAAUCAUCCAGCAUUUCUUCCUUGAACAAGAGCUGUGAAGUCAGCAUGAAAGAGCAUCCAAAUCAUUGCAGCACUUGCCGAAAGCGUGUUGGUCUGACUGGCUUCAAUUGCACAUGUGGAAGCCUGUUCUGUGCUGUUCAUCGCUACUCCGACAAGCAUAACUGUGAUUUUGAUUAUCGCACUGCUGCCCGGGACGCCAUUGCUAAGGAAAACCCUGUUGUCAAGGCUGAGAAGCUUGAUAAGAUCUAAAGUCGAGAAGCCUGCCCACCACUUCAAUGCCUAUGUGCUGAAAAUACUUAUUUUUAUGCCUUGCAUCUUCAUCCAGGGAACUAUAUCACCAAAGUCACGUGAUGGAUGGACGUCGUAAUUCGAACAUCGUGGUCCUUGCUGACUGACCAAGAUUCCUUUGAUGGCUUCAGUGUGUGAUUUCUUAAUUGUGCCCGGAUCGAUCGAAUUUAUAAGUUUUCUUAGCAAUGAUAUUCCACUCUCUAUGCAUUUCUUUAUGCCAUUGUUUUAAAUGGUAUCUGCUGCUUCUUUUAUCACUUUUUCAUUCAACAUUACUUCUGCAGUCAGUAGUUUGGAGUAGUUCUAUAUCUAUACCUUAGCAGCCAUCCCGCCCGGCUCACUUUUGCUUUUUGUUCAGCUUGUUCACAUUCGAUCUGUGAGACUUUCAUCAGAAGCUUAUUGUAACUCAGAGUUUUUUGCGCUCGUUCGUUCAAGGACGCUUCGUCGGGGUAGAUUAUCAGCUGGGCCUGACAAUUACUUCCUCCAUGAUGGGUAAGGUUUGAUAGUUUUCAAUCUAAGGAAAGGUUAUUUGUGUUGCAUGAUGAAGAUAUUAUUUGGUAUGAAAUAUAAUGCGGUUUAUCUA